UUCUCAGUACCUUCAACGAAUAAUCAAAUCCAUUAAUUCUUCAUUUUUCCAGUUUCCAUGGCUUCCCUUCUUUCAACUUCAGCUACUCCUUCAUCUGCCCUUCUUCUUCCCACAACUCCCAGAAUCCAAUGCACCCAAUUCGCUAGCGUCUCCAUGAUCUCUGGUGGACAAAGAUUUGUGAUCUUGAAGGCAGAGAAAAGAUCAUCACCACUUUCUCACUGCUUUAAGACCACCAUUUCAUGCUCCAUUGCUCAACCAGAGACACUGAAAAUAGUUCAGGCCACCAUUGCUAAUCAGUUGUCGAUUGAUGAGAGUACAGUUGAGAUAAUGAUGGCAUUGGAAGAAAAGUUUGGAGUGUCAAUUGGCGAAAGUGGAGCUGAGAACAUUUCGACUGUUCAAGAUGCUGCUGAUCUGAUCGAGAAAGUGAAGACAGAUGCUUAA